GGGAUCCGGCCGUGCCUCCUCCCCGCCCCUCUCGCCUCGCCGCGCCUCUGCCCGGGACGGCCGCCGCUUGUCCAGGGAUUUACAGCAUCCCUAUCUCAGAAGAACAAACCUCUUUGAGUGGAAGGAAAUCUGCAAAAGAUGGCCUGACGCAGGAGCCCGUGGCACCUUUGUGGUGUUUUUCCCCAACUAGUCCAACAAUGUGUACUGUGAAUAGCUCAGACACUACCUGGCUACUAAGACUUAAGUGUCCAAGACCUGUGAGAGAAUGUGAUCAGCAAAGGCCUUGGCAGAGGUUCCCCUCAGCACCAGCAGAGAGUGGCACAGCAAAUACUUUGGACUGCAGUAGACAUUUCAGGAAGAAAAAUAAUACCAAAGAUUGGCUAACACAGAAAGACUUCUGUCAUGAGAAGGCAGCACCUGAUGAAAGUCUAGACACCAUUGCUUCUGCUCAGUGCAUCUUAGAGAGAGAAAAUUAUUUUGUGAGGGAGGUGGAGAGGUAUUUGAGGCACAGUGAUUUCUUAAAUCUGAGAAAGAAGGAGAUCCUGUACAAGAAAUGGCUUGAGGAUGUUUCAGAGCCACUGCUGCAGAAAAUUGAGGACAAAAUGGACAGCCAGUCAAGCGAAGAAAUAAGGAGAAGGAAAGCAGAACAACUCUCCCUCUAUUUAAACUACUGUAAAAAGAAGGGUUAUGUGGCUUUGGAAGUUUAUGACCCGUCAGAGUACGAUCCGUUCUUCCUGAAGACAUGCACAGACUGCUGGAAGGUUUCAAUACCAACUUUACAGGAUCCUCUAUUAAAAGACACUCAAAGAAAGUUUAUUGAGACAGGCAUUAUCAAGCAGUGUGAGACAGGAAGACCGUGCUCUACCAGAGAGCUGAAUGAACUCCAUAAAGCAGAACUGCCACCGCUUCCUUUGAGCCGGCAACAUAUGGAUGCAGUUGAGUGGCUGAAGAUACCACAUGCCUACAUUGCUAGUGAAGUCCACCAAACGAAGAGGCAGAAAGGCAUCGGCCACCACAAAGACAGUGAGAGACGAUGGUGUCAUCUGUCCUCCAGCUGACUGCAGCAGAAAGCACAGCCAUCAGAAGGUACCAUUUGCAAAAUAUGUUACAUCUUCUGCCAAGCCAAGUGAUAACAGGCCAGGUCUUCUGGCAAACUGCAAUAAACUCAUUGUCUUAAACCCGUGGUUCUGAAGUACUCUUACCCAGCAGCCAAAGAAAUGUUUGAGAUGCUGCUCCUGUUAUUUCCAGCUCCAGUCCAUGCUCUACAGGCCAAAACCUACUAUUUUAGGAGUUUUAACUUAGGCUCAGCCCUCCAAAGACAGCACUAAUGUUCUUUGGUUUAUAGGGCGAUGGAGUCUUUGUAUUAAGGGAGAUGAACUGGUGAGAAAAGUUAAAGUCUGCUGGGUCCCUCUUCUACACAGGGCAGGAGCUAUAGGUUAUCUCCAGCUCUGGCAACAGCUACAGCUCUGAGGCCACUGUGUUUCACGUUACAAGAAGUGUGAAUGGUAGCAGUGGGCAGAGGGAAUAGCAAAGCUUGCAAUUUUUAGCUACAGCUGUUGCAAUUUGGCAUGAAGCUGAAAGAGGUCACCUUGAGAUUUAAGAACAAACCCUCUCUUUGAGUGAGGAGGAGGUGCUCCUGGCUCUGUGUGUGGUUAGCAGAUGUGUACAGAGAAGUGGCUUAGAAAGCACUGAUUGGGAAAUACAAUUCGGUUCUGGUCAAAUCUUUAUCAGACCUCUCAUAGUGAAUGUCUUGCAAAAUAAUGUUAGGGUACUACCAAAGUUUCAGAGGACUUUCUCCUGGAGACAGCGUACAAGCAGUAAAUCAAGCUUUAACGUGCAUAUUGGUUGCUCUGAGAAGGCAGGAAAUAAUUAGGGGAGAGGAGGUGGUAAGUGUUCUUGUACAAAAUGCCUAGUGCUGUUCGAAGAGUCAGCGCCGAGCAACAAAUGCCGUCAGUGCCCUACAAAUCAGCUUCUCUCUUGUUCCAGUGUGGUCCCUGGCUCCCUGCUAGUGACUGCAGAGCAGCUCUGGUGUCAAAGCCUGAGAACAGGAUUUUCUCUGUGCUUGUUCAAAAAAGCUCCAAACUCCUACUUGUAGAGACACAAUCUCUCAAGACUUGCCAA